CAAAUCUUCUUCUUUUUGGUUGCUAGAUGGAUUUGUGCGUAGUCUCUCGUCGGUUGUAGUAAAAGCACUCAAGUUUGUGUGUUUGACCAAAAUAAAAAAAAAUCAGCCCACAGGUGAAAGUUCACUUUACAAGUAAUAAAAAAAAAAAAAAAAUGUCACAGUCAAAAGCACCAAAACCAAAGCAAGAAUCAGGCUUCCUUACCAAAGCCUACCUCUUCGGUUACAAUGCAACUCAAGUUGUCGGCUGGAGUUACAUCCUUUACCAACUAGCUCACUACUACUUUAUUGCUGGACCCGAAUUCAGAGCCUCCAUUACUCUCUGGGAUUACACUAAACUAGCUGUAAUCAUAUUCCAGAAUGCAGCUGCUGUCGAAAUAGUCAAUGCCGCUUUGGGCUUGGUCAAAAGUAAUCCUGUGAUUACAACAUUUCAGGUUCUUAGUCGAAUGAUGGUUGUCAUUGGUGUGGUUAUGGCCACUCCAACUGGAAAAGUCUCUCCCGGCCUGCCAAUUGCACUCUUUGCCUGGGCUGUAACCGAAAUCAUUCGAUAUGGUUACUAUGCUUUGAAUAUUGUCAAACUUGUGCCUCACAUUGUUGUUUGGCUGCGUUAUACAACUUUCAUUGGUUUGUACCCAAUCGGAGUGACUGGUGAAUUAUUGUGCUUCUGGUGGGCACAAAGUUACGCUCGCUCGAAUAAAAUCUGGUCAACAGAAAUGCCAAAUAGUUGGAAUGCUACAUUUUCUUAUUUCUAUUUCCUGUGGAUCGUAAUGCUUUUGUAUAUUCCACUUUUCCCUCAAAUGUAUUUGCAUAUGUUUGCACAGAGGAAGAAGAUUCUAGGCGGCGGUGGAAGCAGCAGUUCCAGCAGUUCAGCGAAAGCAAAAUCGAAGAAGACUCAUUAAUUCAAUAAAUUAACAUGAAUUAAAAAAAAAAAAGUAGAGGGUUCUCUACUAUUUCUAGCAUUUUUAAGUAGACUUGUUUGUAUUUUUUUUUCUUUAUUUUGUAAUUUGAAUAAAUAAAACGUACAAAGGUGUGACUUGUUGGUAUGAGAA